GCCUGCGCCUUGUUCUGAAGCUAAGCUAGCUAGAAUCACCUCGAGACGGACAGUGCAUUUUUGUGGAGUAGUGACAAGAAAAUGGCGGAGUGAGUGGGUUGCGCUUUGAAGGAAAGCAGCGACCCUAGGUUUCCGUAAAAUAUAAUACGAACAAAGGAGAACCACAUAAAAUCUGUAACUUUCAUCGAAAAUUUAACAAACAAGAACAAUUAUUGCCCCUCUCGCGGAGGUGGUACAAACAGAUUAUCGAACGGGGCUUCGCAGUACCACUGGUGUCAUUUCGAUAGCUCGACGCUAGCAGGCUAGCGACGAGGCACUGGGCGACGGACUAACACGGCACAUUAGAAGUGUUUUCAGAAUAAUUGUUUGGCCUUUUUCGUGAUAUGUGUUGGGUUAAUUUUGUAUGUUUUUUACUAGCUAGCUUGUGAAUAUCGCAUGAGAAUAAACAAAGUCUGUCUUAGUUAGCUAACAUUACAUUGUUUCAGUACAUAGCCCACGACCAACCAGGAUUGUAUGUUCACGAUAUGUUCUGAUAACGAGCUGGCCGAGUAGGGGAACCGACGGAGCAGUCCCGGAGAAUACUAUUUUAAACUGAUUGGGGUUGCUCGUGAUUUUGAGGAUAUGGCAAGCAGUAGCGGCUCAAAAGCCGAAUUCAUUGUUGGUGGAAAAUACAAACUUGUCAGAAAAAUUGGAUCUGGAUCAUUUGGUGACAUAUACCUGGCGAUCAACAUCACAAAUGGAGAGGAGGUAGCUGUAAAAUUGGAAUCUCAGAAAGCCAGACACCCACAGUUGUUAUAUGAAAGCAAACUGUACAAAAUAUUACAAGGAGGAGUUGGAAUCCCACACAUAAGGUGGUAUGGCCAAGAAAAGGACUACAAUGUCCUAGUGAUGGACCUGCUGGGACCUAGUCUGGAAGACCUCUUCAACUUCUGCUCGCGCAGGUUCACAAUGAAAACUGUACUAAUGCUCGCAGACCAGAUGAUCAGCAGAAUCGAGUAUGUGCACACAAAGAACUUCAUUCACAGAGAUAUCAAGCCAGACAACUUUUUAAUGGGUAUUGGCCGUCACUGUAACAAGUGUUUGGAAUCUCCAGUGGGGAAGAGGAAAAGAAGCUUGGCUGUUAGUUCUUCUCAGGACCCAUCUUUCUCAGGAUUAAACCAGUUGUUCCUCAUCGACUUUGGUCUGGCCAAAAAAUACCGGGACAACAGGACACGACAGCACAUACCUUACCGAGAAGACAAGAAUCUCACCGGCACAGCACGCUAUGCCAGCAUCAACGCGCACCUGGGCAUCGAGCAGAGUCGCAGAGAUGACAUGGAGUCGCUAGGCUACGUCCUGAUGUACUUCAACAGAACCAGCCUGCCCUGGCAGGGUCUAAAGGUAGGCCAGGCUGCCACAAAGAAACAGAAGUACGAGAAGAUUAGCGAGAAGAAGAUGUCCACUCCAGUCGAGGUUUUGUGUAAGGGUUUCCCAGCAGAGUUCGCCAUGUACCUGAACUACUGCCGUGGGCUGCGGUUCGAGGAGGCGCCUGACUACAUGUACCUGCGUCAGCUGUUCCGCAUUCUCUUCAGGACUUUGAACCACCAGUACGACUACACGUUUGACUGGACGAUGCUGAAGCAGAAAGCAGCCCAGCAGGCUGCGUCCUCAGGGGGACAGGGGCAACCGGCACAAACUCCCUCAGGCAAGCAAACUGACAAACCCAAGAGUAACAUGAAAGAGGGUAUCCCGGGUGCCCAGGGUUGAUGGCAGAGGAGUCAACCCAAUUUUUCAAAAAACCUGAAGCAGUUUUCAUCAGGUUUCUGAGCAGUAAGACAAUGAAAGGAAGCAGAGCAGAGUGGCCGUAGCAGGAUUUGCCUUCCAAUCACACCCCGGCAUCUAGGAUCAAAUUCACCAGAACCUGCCAGGCAUUGUGGGCAACCCUUUUUUCCUGUUAAAGAACUUUCCUUCCAUAUAUACUAUAUAUGUAAUCGCUCUAUAUAGAUAACAUGCUCUGCAUAUAUCUAUAUAUUGGUAUGUAUAUACUAUAUCCACACAGAAAGCAGGCUUGGUAUGGAAUUUUCCGAAGCUGUAGCCUUCUCUAUUGUCCUGUCCCUGAAGAUUUUUUGUUUCUUCAAAACGGAAAACUAAGAAAUGGUUGGCUCACUGCGGAUGUUUGUGCACCUGCCAAUACUUUCCCCUUGAUACUUUCUCCCUCUGAGAGCUGCUGUUUGGGUGCCUCCCUCACCUCAUGGCUGCCUGUCAGAGCAGCUUUGCCCCCAUUCCCUCUGUCACCGAGUGUGGCAUGAUGACCCAGACACACGUCAGUCAGAUUGAACAUUUGAAACAACCAUUUUCUCUUCCUUAUUCAACUUUUUUCCCUCAUCCUCAAGCAAAAUGAAAGAUGUAAUCUGAAACUGUUUCCUUUAUGAAAAGGUAAUUAAGAUUCUGCCUGCAGAUAUGUGCUAGAAGAGCUUCUAAUGUGAAGAUGAAAACACUAGGUUUCUCUUUAGAAUGCUGCAUUAAUAUUGUACUUCUGAAGUCUCAAACAACGAAUAAAAAAUAUGAACUCCACAAAAGCAUAUUCAUUAUAAAUUAGGCACCACUUGACUAAACCUGUUUGUAAAUUGCUUAGAAAAAAAUGAUGCAUCAAUGAAUUUAUUUUGAAAAUGUUUUUGUUUUAUGUAAUUGCUAUGAUGGAUGGCCUCAAUGUUCCGUUUUUGAGACAGACAAACGUGCUCACUCCACCCGCCCUUCCUGUUAUAUAUAUAUAUAUAUAUAUAUAUAUUAUUAUUUUUAUUUUUUAUCAGAACUUUUUUUUUCUUUCUGUUUUAUAGUCGUCUUUCCCUGUAUUGAAUUGAUCAUUUUGGGGAAAGGGUGUUUUUGUUACUUUCUAAGGGGAAGCAGAUCCUGUUGUAAAAUACUCUGGGACUUUCUCUCUGCAACUACAUAUUGCUGCUGCAUAGAGUAGCAACCGUUUCCUAAUUUUCCUUUUUUUUUUAUUGCGAAGAAAGUGUUGGAGGGUUUUUUUUUUUUUUAUAUACUUUGAGUCUUGUAAGGCAAGUACCAUUUGGAUUUCAGUCAGCCUGUAGUCACAACAGAUGUACACCAGGGGCAGUUUGUCCUACCCCCCCCCCCCCCCAUUAUUCCCCCUGACCCAGCAUUAGCUAUUUUACAGCUGGACGUUCUAUAAAAGUGUAAUUUAUUCCCUUUUAGCAUGUCAGAAUAAAUUCAAAUGACUUGUCAGCACCACUGUCCCAGUCUGUAAUUUGAAGAACACACUGACUUCUAUUGCCUUAUGCCUGGAUGAUGAUGAUGGCUGUUGAAGAAAAAGAAAAAAAGCAUUUUUUUUGCUUUCCAUUUGCUCGUCUUUACACAUUUACCUGUUGACUACCACACAACCUUAGUAUUGUAAGCAUUUGGAAACUGGAGACAUCGGCAGGAUUGGGGAUAGAUAAGGAAAGACUUUCUUUCAAAGAUAUCAGACUCCGAUUGCUCUAGACAAAGGGACACAUUUGUGGAAAUGGUCUAAAAAGGUAUUGCUGUAAUCUAGAAAAAGCAGUUCCUGGUAAAUGAUGUUGGUGGGUAGUUGUAGGUGCUUGUGGUGGUGUUUUGAAAAAAAAAUCUUCCAGGAUUUAUAUCUGUAAAUAUUAAAAUGGCUUCAAAUGGC